AUGGGUCAGCAGGAGGCAGAGAUCCUUAUUCACGUUGCUGCCCCAAGCAGGGCUUCAGACGACUUGCUAUAUAGAGCACUGGCUCAAGCCUAUCUGGACUUCGAGCCGGUCAACACCAUCGAGAUAUCAAAAACAAGGAUACAGAGUGUGCAGCCGCCAAAGCAGAGAUCCUGCCAACUGCACAGCUUCAUCCGAUCACCCAACCUAUCAUUCCAAGGCGUGCAAGACAACAAGUCUUCCCCAGGCUUGCGCACUCAUACACUUAUGCAACCCGAGUCAAGGCACGAUGAGCCCUCACAGAACUCAUCAUGGGUUGCACCACCCAGUGUCGUCGCAGAUUCGCAACCAGACAACAAUAUGUGUAUGGCCACAUUUUGUUCCCAGCCCCGUCUGUUCCUUCAUCUUCAGAGGGUAAACAGCUCAUCAGAAUUUGCUCGACCAGCCUUCCAUGAUGGAGACUCGUCAAAGACAGAUGAGUCCGUUGCUUUGCGCCAAGCUGCUACAGCUGCUACAACUAUUGAAAGCGACCAAGUCGGUGAUGAGUCUCGCAUUUCGGAAACCAUACUCAUCAGCGACCCGACUACUUCACAGGAUUCAAAUGUCCAGCCGCAACAUGACCGGCAUCUAAGGUCCUCACGGUCAAGAGACAACCCAGCAGCUGAGGAAACUGGCCCAGAAGAAUAUGGCGGCCAGAUCAACCCAUCAGAAAACAGGGCUGAGCAAGCAAUACAUGAGGCACUAUCCCAGAGCAGCCCAGUGAACGUUAUACCGGCUACCAGGGCUGAUUCGGCACCGCCUACAAACAAACGCCGGAAGGUUGCUGACGGAUCUGAUUUGACUGGGCUGAUCAGGAGCUCUAGUGACGGUCUUGUCGCCCAGACACUGCACAGAUCGGCCGCCACAGUCGUUCCCUUCCCGGGAGAUAACAAUUUGGAUAUAUACUCGCCAGACCCUCUUACUUCCUGUGAUACGGUGGAUCCCUCAACACUGGUCACACCCAAGCUCCUCAAACUGGCCUCGGACUUGGAUAUGAACAAGAGGUACAAGCCAUCUGAGCAGUUGCGACAGCUUGAGCCGUUUGAGAGAGGGUACUGGUUGCUUGACACCUCAGACUGGGACGACGAACUGCUCAGCUUGUCAUGGACCUUUCUGACGAACUACGUCGGCUGCGGAGAUGCGGGAUGGGGCGUAUGGUGCAAGCGGGACGAGUCGCGGACUUGGAUACGGUUGUACUGUUUUGGAAAGGUCGUUGGACAUGCUUACCUCCUUCUUUACCUUGCUUCCCAGAGGCGGGUGCUCUCCACCGGGUGUGAAUGGCACGGUGGGGAUGGUAAGACUCUGGUCAGAGUUGCACCUAGGAAGAAGAGAUAG